ACGGCCUAAUAAAUUGUGUAAAAAGAAAAGAAAAGAAAAAGUGUUAAUUACUCCUUAAUCAGAACAUAGCCGCCCUCUAGCAAAUUUUUUUGCAAAGCUACUGAAUUGAGUAUCGUUUCAGGCGCCCUUCUUCUUAACUCUUGUUUGGCUGAACGUCUCUCUGUUUGAACAAGAAGAACAGCAAAAGAAUGGGGAAGAAGCAAAAGAAGCCAGGAAAAGGCAAGGAAAAAACCGAGAAAAAAACUGCCAAAGCUGAGGAGAAAAAAGCUCGCCGUGAGUCUAAGAAGCUCUCUCCUGAAGAUGACAUUGACGCCAUUUUGCUAAGUAUUCAGAAGGAGGAAGCUAAGAAGAAGGAAGUACUUGUUGAGGAAAACGUGCCUGCGCCGUCAGCUCGGUCUAAUGGCUCGUUGACUAUAAAUCCAUUGAAAGAGACAGAGUUGAUCCUAUAUGGUGGUGAAUUCUACAAUGGCAAUAAGACAUAUGUCUAUGGUGAUCUUUAUCGUUUUGAUAUUGAAAAGCAAGAUUGGAAAUUAGUAUCGAGCCCUAAUAGCCCCCCACCUCGUAGUGCACAUCAAGCUGUUGCUUGGAAGAAUUACCUCUAUAUAUUUGGUGGUGAAUUCACAUCUCCAAAUCAGGAGAGAUUUCAUCAUUAUAAGGAUUUUUGGGUAUUAGACCUUAAGACAAAUCAAUGGGAGCAAUUAAAUUACAAGGGAGCUCCAAGUCCACGGUCUGGCCAUCGGAUGGUUCUGUACAAACACAAGAUCAUAGUGUUUGGUGGAUUUUAUGAUACCCUUAGAGAAGUAAGGUACCUUAAUGAUUUGCAUGUAUUUGACCUGGAUCAGUUCAAGCAGUGGCAAGAAAUAAAGCCUCGGCCUGGGUGCAUGUGGCCCAGUCCAAGGAGUGGUUUUCAGCUUGCUGUUUAUCAAGAUGAGAUAUUUUUGUAUGGAGGUUAUUUCAAAGAACUGUCAUCGGAUAAAAACAGCAGCUCUGAGAAGGGAGUAGUCCACUCUGAUAUGUGGUCUUUGGACCCGAGAACAUGGGAAUGGAACAAGGUAAAGAAAAGUGGGAUGCCUCCAGGACCUCGCGCUGGAUUUUCUAUGUGUGUGCACAAGAAAAGAGCUGUACUUUUUGGAGGAGUGGUAGACAUGGAAGCUGGUGGCGAUGUGAUGAUGAGUCUAUUUCUAAAUGAGCUAUAUGGCUUUCAAUUGGACAAUCACCGCUGGUACCCACUGGAGCUCCGCAAGGAGAAGUCCAGCAAAGAUAAGUUGAAAAAGAUUACUGAUGACAAAAAUAAUAAAUUGUUAUCAGAAAAUAAGGUUAAUUCAUCAGAUAGAAAUCUUGGUGAAGAAAAUGGAGUUGAUACAGUUAUGGAUGACCAAGAAGUAAGAAAUGGUUUGGAGGAGAGCGUUGGUGAUAUGUCUCUUGAGACAGACAAUAUUGGCAGCAGUGAUAAACUGGGUCCAAAAAAUGAUAGAGGGUCUUGUGAACCUGGCACUAGCAAGGAAUCACUAACUAUUGCCUUACCAGAGGUUGUCAAGCCUUGUGGACGCAUCAAUGCGUGCAUGGCUGUUGGAAGGGAUACUUUAUACUUGUAUGGAGGCAUGAUGGAGGUCAAAGAUCGUGAAAUCACACUUGAUGAUCUGUACACACUUAACCUAAGCAAACUAGAUGAAUGGAAGUGCAUAAUACAGGCUUCUGAAUCUGAAUGGGUUGAAGCUUCGGAAGAUGAAGAUGAAGAAGAUGAUGAUGAUGGAGAUGAUGACAGUGAAGAUGGUGAAAGCAGUUGUGAAGACACUGAUGAUGAUGAUGAUGAUGAUGUAGAAAUGGAGGCUGCGAAUGCUGAUGGAAAAUCAAGUCAAGUAGGAGAGGCAGUUGCUCUAAUAAAAGGGGCUGGAAAGAGUCUCCGGAGGAAGGAAAAACGUGCUAGAAUAGAGCAAAUCAGAGCUAGUCUUGGCCUUUCUGAUUCAAUGAGGACACCUGUGCCUGGUGAAUCAUUGAAGGACUUUUAUAAGCGCACAAAUAUGUACUGGCAAAUGGCAGCAUAUGAACACACUCAACACACUGGCAAGGAGCUACGGAAAGAUGGUUUUGAUUUUGCUGAAGCUCGAUAUAGAGAGCUCAAACCGCUUUUGGAUGAGCUGGCUGUGUUAGAAGAGGAACAAAAGGCAGAAGAGCAGGAAGCGGCUGCAUUAAGUUCUAAAAGAGGAGGCAACAAGAAAAACAAGCAAUCUUCGUCACAAAGAUAAAUGCAUGGUGUUGCACCUCUUUUGGGCUGAGAAGUAAUGAAUUGUGUGAGCACGAUUAAGUUUCUCUCAGCUGCGAGUUGUCCAGAAGCAAAUUUUGAUUCAUCCUUUUUACUUGGUUUGUCCAUAAAAAAAUCACUCUAAAUCAUCUACCGCGGAAUUUUCAGCACACGUACACACCAAGUUAAAUUUUUGCUUUAGCGUGUCAUUUUGAUCAGAACCAAGGUUUGUAUCUUAGGUUCUACUAGCUAGUGAAGUCCUUUAUUCUUGGGCAUAUAUAUGUAAUCAUGCAAACAUUGUAUUUUUUGGUAUAUUUAAUCCACUUAAAUUGUGAUUUGUAUUAUUUUACACAAGGUGAUCUGUGUUUUCUGAGCAAACCUUGAAGUUUUGGCCUGAGGAACGGCAGAUAUCAGCA